AUGAGCACCUUUGCUGAGAUCCUGAAAGAGAUCGGGGAGUUUGGCCUCUUCCAAAAGCGCGUGGUUGCAGCGUUAUGCCUCCCCAGCCUGUUUGUGGCUUUCGAUAUCAUCUGUCAGGUGUUCACGGGCCUGACUUUCCCGAACCACUGCAACACGGACUGGAUCCUGAAGCAGGCGCCCAACCUGACAGAGGAGAGGCAGAAGAAUCUCACCAUCCCGGUCGACAGAGAUGGAAACUACGAAAGCUGUAGAAUGUUCACGCCGGUGGAUUGGGAUCUGGAGUGGAUCGAAAAGUACGGGCUCAACACCACCACCGCGUGUAUCAACGGGUCGGAGUUUGAGAAGCCCAGUGGGUCCUCCAGUCUGGUGACCGAGUUCAAGCUGGUGUGCGACCAGAGCAGCUUGAUAGAGGCGUCUCAGUCCAUCUACAUGGCCGGACUUCUGGUCGGAGCGCUGGUGCUGGUGCCGAUGGCAGACAGGAUUGGUCGGCGCCGCGUGGUCUUGUUUUCACUCCUCACGCUGUUCCUGUUUGGGGUCGGUGCUGGUUUCUCACCCAACUUCUAUGUGUACAUGGUUCUUAAAUUCCUCAGCGGCAUCUCCAUCGCAGGCAUCAUCGCAAACGGGUUUGUGAUCGGUGGAGAGUGGAGUGAAUCCUCCAAAUUUGCCUUGUGCACCACGAUCUGCCACAGUUUCUACCCACUCGGACUGAUGAUGUUGGCUGGCAUCACCUACUUAAUCCGCGACUGGAGGAUCCUGCACUUCAUUCUCUUCAGUCCUCUUGUCCUCGUGCUGGGUAUAUUUUAUUGGGUUCUGCCAGAGUCGGCUCGCUGGCUCCUCACGCAGGGCAGGAAGGAGGAGGCCAUACGGAUGAUUCGCUGGGCAGCAAAGGUCAACGGGAGAGCAGCUCCAGAUCAUCUCCUGGAGAAGCUGGAGGAUGAAGGCACGGCUAAAAAAGGCACCAUGAUCGACAUCUUCAGAAUACCAUCUCUGAGGACACGUGCCCUCAUCAUGAGCUACCAGUGGUUUGCAACGGGUCUGGUCUACUAUGGACUCAGCCUGAAUGUGGGUGGAUUUGGUCUGAGCAUCUACAUCACUCAGUUCAUCUUCGGUUUGGUAGAGAUUCCUGCUCGCUUUGGAGUCCUGCCUCUGAUAGACUACUUUGGAAGGAAGCACUCGCUCGCUGGGCUGCUCUCAUUUGGAGGACUAGCUUGCCUUGGAAUACUCGCAAUUCCUAAAGAUCUGCCUGUUGUGGUGACCGUUGUUGCUGUUCUGGGAAAAUUUGCUGCGUCUAGUUGUUCUGCACUGAUAUACAUUUACACCGCUGAGCUGUACCCCACCAACGUGAGACAGAGUGGUGUCGGUCUAAACUCCACAUUUGCUCGAGUGGCUGGAAUUCUGGCUCCGUUGACCAAACUUCUGGUCAUCUUUCAUGAAACGAUCCCCAUGUUGAUCCAUGGAAUCGUUCCAAUCACUGCUGCGGUUCUGUGCCUGUUUCUGCCUGAGACGCGCAACACUCAGCUGCAGGAUCACGCUGAAGACUUGUAA